AAGACUACAGCAUCAAUAAGAUCUGCCUCACUCUGCUCCAUAAGUGCCGCCUGUCCAAAGAGCCUUAUGCAAGCAUCCACCAAAGUCAGUGUCAACAGUACUGUUCUUACUGCCCUUGUUGACUCUGGGAGUUCAGAUAGCUACAUCAACGACAAGGUAGCUAACCAGCUCAACCUCAAAUUACUCAAGUCAGAUGACAGUUUGUCUAUGGCUCUCACAUCACUUAAAGCCAAAGUUCUUGGCCAUUGCUUUGUUGACAUCCAACUAGGCCACCAAUUGUUAUUCAUCUGUACGUCUAGGGGUACUGAAGGAUCUCUGUAGUGAUAUCAUUCUUGGCCAGGACUUUCAAAGGGAACAUAAAAGUGUUGUCAUUGAGUUCUGUGGGGAAAAGCCCGAACUUAAAGUACCCAACGGGGUACCUGUAUGUGCUCUUGCAGCAGCAUCUAUUGAGGAACCAUCCCUCUUCGCGAACCUCCUCCCCGAAUGUAAGCCUAUCGCAAGCAAGUCGCGGAAUUUCAGCAGGGAAGACCAGGAAUUUAUCAAACAAGAAAUUAACCACCUACUCGUUGAAGGCAUAAUCGAACCUAGCACCUCGCCCUGGAGGGCUCAAGUCGUCGUAUCAAAGGACCCACUACAACGACACAAGAAGCGGCUUUGCAUUGAUUAUUCUCAAACCGUCAACCUCUACACAGAACUCGAUGCAUACCCGUUACCCCGUAUCGACAACAUGGUCAACAACCUAGCUUCAUAUAGAGUCUUCUCAACGUUCGACUUAAGGAGUGCCUAUCACCAGGUACCGAUCAAGAAAGCCGAUCGAAAAUUUACCGGUUUCGAGGCCAAUGGUAAGCUUUACCAGUUCUGUCGCAUCCCCUUUGGAGUAACCAACGGCGUCGCAGUUUUUCAAAGAGCGAUGGACAAGUUCGUAGAAGAGGAGGGCCUGAACGAUACAUUUCCUUAUCUCGAUAAUAUAACUGUUGCAGGCUACGAUCAGUUCGGGCAUGACGAAAAUGUGAGGAAAUUCAGAGAGGCUGUAAAGCGCCGAAACCUCACUCUGAAUGAAAACAAGACAGUAGAGUCCAAGUCUUCUAUCAAUCUACUUGGUUACUGUAUAGGGAAUGGUGUCAUCGCCCCAGAUCAGGAAAGGCUUCGUCCACUUAAAAGCUUCCCUCCUCCCGAAAAUUCCAAAUCCUUGAAAAGAGUUAUCGGUAUGUUUGCAUACUACGCAAAAUGGAUACCAAACUAUUCUGACAAAGUACAACCACUACUACAAGCAACCUCAUUUCCACUUGAUGGCGAUGCGCUGAAUGCAUUCACAAUGCUGAAGGAGGAGCUGCAGAAAGCGUCAUUACACUCUAUUGACGAGAGCCUCCCCUUCGUUGUAGAGACUGAUGCUUCAGAAACUGCCCUGUCUGCUACACUAAAUCAAGGAGGCAGACCUGUAGCGUUUAUGUCCAAGACCCUCCAAGGGAGUGAGCUCCACUAUCCUGCGGUAGAGAAGGAAGCAAUGGCCAUAAUUGAAGCUGUCAGGAAGUGGCAACAUUUUCUUGCAGGCAGACAUUUUACACUCAAAACCGAUCAGCAGUCAGUCGCCUUCAUGUUUGACAACCGAAGACGCACCAAAGUAAAGAACAAUAAAAUCCAGGACUGGAGGCUAGAACUAGCCUCUUUUAGCUACACCAUAAAAUACCGGCCCGGUAAGGAUAACGCUGCUCCCGACUCAUUUACCCGGGCUUUCACAGCUUCCAUACCUGCAGCUAGCCUUACUGAGAUACACGCUGCUCUAUGCCACCCAGGUGUCACUCGAUUGUUACAUUUCAUAAGGUCGAAAAACCUCCCUUACUCUACAGAAGAAGUUAAGAGGGUGUGCUCUACUUGUAGGGUCUGUGCUGAGCUCAAGCCCCAAUUUUACAAACCGCAGCAAGGAGUCCUCAUCAAGGCUACUCGACCUAUGGAGCGACUCAGCGUGGACUUUAAAGGUCCACUACCUACGACUACUAAUAAUCCUUAUAUGCUAACAGUCGUGGAUGAGUAUUCACGCUUCCCUUUUGCUUUCGCCUGCCCAAACAUGAGUUCAUCAACCGUUAUCAGAUGCUUGGAUCAGUUAUUCACUCUGUGUGGGACGCCAGGCUUCAUCCAUUCAGACCGAGGGGCCUCAUUCAUGUCCCAGGAACUUAAAGAAUACCUCUCUCAGAGAGGCAUCGCCACGAGCCGAACUACACCCUACCACCCGAUGGGCAAUGGCCAAGUAGAACGCUAUAACGGUAUAGUGUGGAAAGCUAUUCGCUUAUCUCUCAAGUCAGCAAGCCUGCCGGACAGUAAAUGGGAAAUGGUACUCCCUGACGCGCUUCAUUCAGCAAGGUCUCUCCUCUCCACUGCCACCAACUCAACUCCACAUGAGAGAUUUUUUGGCUUUCAACGCCGUUCGACACAUGGUACUUCACUUCCCACCUGGUUACAGUCCCCCGGACCGGUUCUGCUCCGCCGAUAUGUGAGAACAAGCAAGAAUGACCCACUUGUUGACCAGGUAGAGUUGAAGGAAGCUAACCCUACUUAUGCCCAUAUUAAAUAUUUGGACGGCAGAGAAUCAACGGUAUCACUGAGAGAUCUGGCACCAUUGCCCCCAGCACAAAAUCACACCAUCCCUGCCACCGUGCCGCCUAUUGCAGAGAGUAGCUGUGAACACACUCAAACGUUUAACAACAUCAAGUCGGGCUCAUUUUCAAAAGCGUGACUUCAAUUUUGAGCUUUAGAAAUAUACGUUCAGAAAUCGUGAUAACUUACAUUACAAUGGCUUCGGCUAAUGAAAUCGAUAUAAUAAGUGAACUACAAAAGAAACCAUUUUCUGUUCGACAAUCAGGCGAGCAAAAUAUACUCGUAAAGCAGCGGCCAAUUCCAAAUUUACAAGCGACUACAGGCAAUAGAAGCUUUCAGGAAAGUUGGUACUCGAAGAAAGAUUGGCUUUGUGGUAGCUCAGAAAAUAAUGCAUUGUUCUGUUGGUCUUGUCUUUUAUUUUGCGCUGUAUCGUCAUCUUCUUGGACGCAGACGGGAUUCAAAAACAUGAAGAAUUUCCUAUCCGAUUGUAAGAAGCAUGAGAAGGCAAAAUCGCACGUGGGUGCCUACAAGACCUGGAAGACCUACGGUUUUCAGCCUCGUGUCGACUGUCUCAUGUCACAAGCUAGACGUGAAGAGAUUCAGCGUCAUAACGAGGAGGUUGAUGAGGCAACUGAUGUUUCUACCAAAGAACAAUUGAGUGUAAUUGUUCUAAUGGACAAAGGGGAAAGUGUCAUUGAAAGACAGCUUGAGUUUGUUGAUGUUAGUUGUGAUAGGACUGCAACUGCUAUAUCAUCAGUGGUUAAGGGUUUGAGAGAUUCAAGGCCUUUGUUGCUUCUCUGAGAAAUGAUACAGAAUAUUGUCAGGUGUACGACCUGGCUGUUGAGAAAGUGGGACCACCAGUAACCAGGAUUUCCAUUCACAAAGACAUACUGUCAGAGAAAGAAGACGCCAACACAUUGCAUGAUGAGGUAGUAAAGAAGUUCAUUGAGAAACCACGAAGACUUGCUUUCUUAUACAAAUAGGUAUUCAUAUAUGGCUGAUAGCAAGCUGAUGAUGUCUUACGUCCAUGGCAUAUGAGAAUUUUUCCGGGAACUUUCUAAUGCAAUCAAUGAUGAUUGUCAUUUCAGCACGACAAUUUCAUCACAACUUUUGAUAGUUGUUGAUGACAAAUCUGAGCCUUUUCGGUUCAGCCUGUUCUGAGACAAAUCGGUUCUUUUGUCAAAGUUUCUUUACAAGAUGUACAUAGGUAUCUAUUUAUGUAUGUGGUGUUGAGAGAAUAAAUCACAUAUCUGCAA